AUAGCCUAGCUAGAUAAUUGGCAUACGGGAUCACAACCGUUGAAAACCAAUCAGAUUUGAGCCUCGCUAUUUGAUUAUAAUAAUCUGAGCGCAUAACAAUAAUCAUAUUUCUGACAUGCGCGUUAAGAUAUUCAGAAUUUGCAACAGUGUUAAACUUAUUUCAUUUUGAGAUACACGAUGUCGCGUCGAAAGCAACCGAAACCUAGGCAUAUAGGAACGGAAGACGAACUAGCAUGCAUUUUACAGAAUGUCGAAAAAAUCCGCGAAAAUCCACUGACGUAUAUUUCAAUGUACAGUUGCUUUCUUGACAAAUACUGUACUGAACCAAGCCCUGUCUCCAAUUCCCCAUCUGCAGAAGAUGCCCACGUCUGUGGGAAAUGUCGAGAAGAGUUCUUAGGACUUGAAGAAUUCUUAGCCCAUAAAAAAGUGUGCGGAAGCAAAGUUGUGUUGUUGUACGAGGGCAAGGACAGUGAAAACGCUGAAAGCAACGAAGCGGACGAUCUCGAGGAUUUGAACCCUCCCGCCAAAAUUCCCAGAUACUCUGACCCUGAGGACCAGUACAAUUGUGGGGGAUCAGACGGUGAAGGAACUUCAGACUUCAUGGAUAACUUUGACGAUGAUGAGAACGAGGUGAUGGAUGCUGAGGACCAGCAGAUAGCCAAUGAGGAGAUAGAUGAGGACCUGAUGAAAAUCUCCAUGAUGAAUGCCGCAGCUGCUGCAGCCAAUCAGGAUAUUUCAGCAGACAGUGAGGAGGAUGAAGAAAACAAUAAUACCACCGACAGCAAGGAUGAAGAAAAGUGUUCAGAUGACAGUAAAGAAAAGACAACCCGUAACCUCCAGGAACCUCUUAUGUUUCCAUUUUCACAGUUUUUACCAACAAACUCAAAUGUGACAUUGGAGCCAAUGAACGCCACUCGUGCAGCAGUGGCACAGUUUGCAGAAAACAAUUUAGCACCAGCAGAGAUUGCUUUGUUGCACUCCACACUUUAUAAUUUACAGCAGCAGCAAAUUUUGCAACUUCAGCUUAUUCAGCAGCUUCAGCUUCAAGUCAAUAUGGGGGGCACUCCCAACUCGUCUCCUUUGCCAUUUUUGCCACCCGUUUUGCCAUCGCAAUCAUCUUCUCAGGAACUCAACAAUCAUAAACCUCAGAGCAGUAGCAAGUCCGAUGAGGACAGCGUGCAGGACUUGAGCAGCAAGGAGGACAAGUCGGAGAAAAUUCUGGAAGCUCCAGAGAGUGAGGAAACCGAGACGAAACCUGCUGUAACCACGGCGAUGUCUUCUGCUCCCAUUGCACCCACCAUUCCCUCAUCUCUACCACUGACUGGCAAAGACUUGCUGUCGUCUGUACCACCCCCCACCUCAGAGUUUGCCAAACUGACAAAAUUGGUUGAGAGAUCCCAGUAUGUCAGCGACGACCCGUUUUUCCGCCACAAGUGUCGCCUGUGUCAGAAGGUCUUUGGCAGUGACAGUGCCCUGCAAAUCCACAUCCGCUCCCAUACAGGCGAGAGACCUUUCAAAUGCAACAUUUGCGGGAAUCGGUUUACAACCAGAGGGAACCUAAAGGUCCACUUUGAGAGACAUAAAGCCAAGUACCCACACGUGAAGAUGAACCCCCAUCCGGUCCCCGAGCACUUGGACAAGAUACCAGCAAUGCCUCUGAUUGGGUCUCCCUUCCCAUCGACCCCAACUCCACCACUUCCUCUUCCGGGAAUGUUCACCUCAGCGCCACCUAUGUCGCUCUCCUCCAUGAUGUCGUCGAUUUAUUCCAACUCGAUGUUUGGACCAAGACCUCCACCCCGCUUCCCGCCAGCACCAUCAGUCAGCGAGGAGCAGAGUUCCUCCAGUGCCGGAUCGACCUCCAGUCUCUCUCAAACCAGUCCCACUCCCGCCGCUAGUGAGCCGCCAGUUCGCAAGUCCCCCAAUGUCACAGACACCGCCGUAACAACACCCCUCUCGACUGCAAUCAAACGCGAGCCAACCAGUCCGAUCGAAUCCCAGCCCAAAAUGAGUCGUCCCUCUAGUCAAUUCCCUCUCAUUUCACCACAUCCGGCGGCGCAGCCUCCUCCUCCUCUGACGCCAUCUAGUGGGAGUUACUCCUCACGUGACUCCAUCUUGCCAACCAAACUGAUCGACCAUGACGAAAAUCUGGAGCAGUACAUGGAGAUUGAUCGCUCAGAGACGUCCAAACUCCAACAGCUCGUCGACAACUUGGAAAACAAAGUGUCUGAUCCCAACCAAUGCGUCAUAUGCCACCGUGUUCUAAGCUGCAAAAGCGCUCUCCAAAUGCAUUAUCGCAUCCAUACCGGCGAAAGACCGUAUAAAUGUAAGAUUUGCGGGCGGGCUUUUACAACGAAGGGGAACCUGAAAACUCACAUGGGUGUUCAUCGCAUGAAGCCACCAAUCAGGAUGAUGCACCAAUGUCCAGUUUGUCACAAAAGCUUCACCAACCUUUUGGUUUUACAACAGCAUAUACGAAGUCACGCUAGCUUGCCAGGAAUGCCGCCAAUGCCUGAUAUGUCUCACUUUAAAGCAUUCGGAAACUUUCCAAGACCAAUGGAAUGGGGUCACCGACCUUUUGAUCUUUCCUUCAGACCAGAACCGGAAAGGGAGCUGGACUUGAGCAAAACUUCUCCAACUUACCAAAUGCAAAGAAAAAGAUACGAAGAGGAAAUGAUGGACGACAGAGAUGUUUCAAGAGAUAUGGAUGAUGAAUUCAUGGACGAACAGAGUCAUGAUGAACAUGAAAUGAGCAAACACGACGACGAACGUACUGAUGAAAUAAAUGAAGAAAGACGUGAUGAAGAAGUGAAACGAGAGCAAACAAGCGAUCGUCCCACCAGGCCAGAGUCAACAAAAUCCAACGCAUCAAAGGGUUCAGCUAGAUCUGCUUCUCCGAAUACAGAAGACGAGAGUUUUUCAGGAUACCCCUCAUCUAGCAUGUUCUCCCCUGGCAUCCCGGGACUGGGACCAAUUCCACAAUACAACACCUCCCUUGCAGCCCUCGAGGAACGCGUGAGAGCCAUCGACUCCUCCAUGGCCAACCAUCGAUAUAAUCCAUUUGGACUGAAUGGAUUUCCACAACCAUCUCAGAUGGGGAAGAAAUCUUUUGAGGACAACGCUGAUCUUUCUGAUUCGGAAGAAAAUGUGUCAGCAGACGACAGCAAACCAGGGACACCAGCUUUGUCUGUUAACAGUGAUGGUGGAAGUUCUAACGGGUUUAUGAUGGGCGGCGAUAAACUGAGCACCACCUGUAAUAUAUGCUUCAAGACAUUUGCUUGCCGCAGUGCACUGGACAUUCAUUAUCGUAGUCAUACAAAAGAGCGUCCUUACAAAUGCGAAGUGUGCGAUCGAUCAUUUACCACCAAAGGGAACAUGAAGCAACACAUGCUGACACACAAAAUACGCGACCUUCCCAAUUCCUUCAGCAAUAAUAGCAACAGCAGCGAAAAUCCAGAAAACGAGGACAAUUCUAAUGAUUCAGCAACAGAAGAGAAAAAAAUCGAGGACCAAUCCCCCUCUGAAGCGUCUCCUAAGGUCCCAGAGACCAAUGGCCAGGAAAGACAAGUCAGCACUGCCCCCGUUGUCAGCACCCCAGGAAGUAACCCCUCAAAUAAUGGGGGAAGCAUGUCAAACGGAUCCCAAGAUUCCUCACCGUUCCUACGAAGAACACCACUGAAGCACCAAUGCCAAGUUUGCCAGAAAGGUUUCAGCAGCGCAAGUGCCCUGCAGAUUCAUAUCAGAACGCACACAGGUGACAAACCCUUCAAAUGCACAGUUUGCGGAAAAGCUUUCACAACAAAAGGAAACCUGAAGGUCCAUAUGGGAACUCAUAUGUGGAACAACAGCCCAUCUCGCCGAGGACGCCGAAUGUCCAUCGAACCUCCAUUUAUGAUGACACACAAAGAGAACCCUUUUAUGCAAACAGGGUUCCCACCACGGGCUCCGGAUUUCUUUCAGUACCAGUUCCCGCCGUUUAUGAACGGAGUUCCACCCCACAAGAUGAACGAGAUAUCGGUGAUCCAGAGUCUCGCCAGUGGCAUGGCGCACAUGCCCCUACCCCUGAACGCUGACCACCUGACCUCGCCCAGAUCCAAGGUUUCGGAACACGAAUUAAAGGCCGACUCCUGGAGAAAAAGUGAUACCAACGGGAACAUUACGUCAUCGGGGGAGCUGGACCUGAGCAUGAAAUCAAAUUCCUCCACGUCACCAAACAAUAACAGCAAACCUUCUCCCACCCCUGGGGACAACUGGAACUCGGCCUGGAAGACCAUGUGUCACUUGUGUAACCAGAACUUUCCCUCGCCCACCGCUCUUGAGUACCACAUGCAGAACUUUCAUCUCAAAGGGGCAGAAUCGCACCCAAAGAGUAUAGUUGCUUGAACUGUAGGUAGAUAGACGAUGCAGUUUUGUGAGUUAUGUGUUAGGCAUUCCACUAUCUGAGGCAUUGUAGUGUUGUUAAAUGAUACUAUUUAUCAUCUUUGAGCAAAAGUGUAUGAAUGCAUCAGAAAUCCUAUAAACAAUGAUAAGAAAUCCAAAUUAUUUCAGAGAUAGGAGAAAUUGAUGCAUUUACUAUGUUCCAAUAUAUACGUUUGCAUUUGCUGUUAUAUGUUUUUUUGCUGCAAGUGAUUCUUAUCCUAUAUUGAAAUUUCAUUACUUGUCAGCAAAAAAUAUAUGCAUGUUUAUUUUGUGUUUUGCAAAUAGUCUUGCGCAUGGAAAGAGUCUAGUCGAAUCUCAUUGAUAAUCAAACGACAUAUCACGUGACGUAAUAGUAAUCUCUACCUCGUUAUUACGCUUUCUGUAAACAUAGGGCGAAUGUAUUUGGUAGGAAAAGAUGUUCGGGUUUUACAGUAGCGUUUUGCAUUUUUUUUUCUGUCAGGAAUCAAAACAAGUGCUUGUUUGUAUAUUCCUGCUACGCAGAUUCUUAGUUGGUUGUAACAUUGUAUUCAUUACGCCAAUAUAAACUGAUACGCAUCAAACCAAAUUAUUAUUAUAUACUUUUUACAUUUUUUAUAUUAUUAGUGAUAAUAGUUUCGUGUAGUUGUUAAAUGUUUACCUAUAGCUCUAAUUUCACUGUACAUACGAUUGUCUACAUAGGGAUUUAUUGCUUUUUCUGUUAUUUUAUUACAAGAGCUUACUGAAUAUAUCUACAGCCUAUAUUGUUGUACAUAAUAUUUUUCCUUGUUAUUUCUUUACAACAAACUGUUCACUACGUCAUCAGCUUAAUGUAUGAGUCAAACGUCAUCGCUUUUUGCGUUGUUGUUUUUCGGUGCUGCUUAUAAUAUUUUGUUCCUGCUGAAAGUAUAUUUGCAAAUAGAGAUUUUCGCCAGAUUUUUUUUUUAAUCUCAUCAGCAUAUAGAUAUGUGCAUGAAAUUUAUUUAUUGGAUAAUAUUUUGUGUCUUCCGUUUCACUGCUGGGGUAUAUCACAUUACACACGACUGUACAACUACCAUUAUUGUACCACCACUCAACCGCGACAGUGUACGCUGGGGAAGAUAAUGUAGAACGUUUUAUGUAGAGACUUUAGUGUUUUGAGGGUAGAAUUCUGUGUAACUUGUUUGUUUCUUUUCAAAUAUGUGACCAAAAACGGCUGUAAUUAUUCUGUUAAAGUUUUUGACGCAUGCGUGAUGAAUGAAGAAGGUAUCUGAACUUUUGACCUUUGUAAAGAGUGCAAAAUGUUGCAGAUGCCAGACAGAUUGUGAUAGAAUUUGUGAAAUCCAUAACUAAUUUGUAUUCUAGAUGUUCUGAAAUCUGUGUUUAAAAAGUGAUUUUUAAGUAAGGAAAUCCAUGUCUGAAUAUUUCCCACAGUUUAUCGAGUUCUGAAUUUAAAUCUAGGUCCUGCUGUCUACAAAAGGAUGUUAUUUGAUAACACUGUAUUUUUUCUGUGAUGACAUAAUUUGAAUAAUUAUAACACUUUACAAAAGUGGGGAGUUGAUAAAUGUCGAAAUUCAGCGAAUGUAUUGAAUGACUUAGUGAACCCAGGGUACCUGUAGAUUUUUUGCCAACUGGCAAUGAAGCAAAAAAUAAAAUCUAUACAUACUAAA